AUGCAGUUGCGUAUCAAUUGGUCCGAGGGCUUCUUCAUUGUGGCUGUUGCGCCUGAUGCCACUGUUGACGAGCUCCGUGUGGCCAUUGCCUCGUCCCUCGACCGCGACCUGCCGGACACGGCCAUUCUCUCUCCUCCUGGAUCGGGUCCUGGCACCAACCUGCUCGGCAUGGGUCCUGUGGCUCUGACUGAUCUGGGUGUCACCUCGGACUCUUCCUCCUCGCCUGCUCCCUCGCCGGCAGCAGAGGCCGUGGCAGCUGUCGAGGCUGCGGUCGAGGCUGCGGCAGAAGAUCUGGCCACUCGCUCCUCAGCCGCGGCAGAGGCUGUGGCAGAGAAGGCCGACGAGGCCCGCAAGGCGGCUGUGGACGUUGCUGAGGAUGUCAUCGAGUCGGCGUCGGCCGCCGCCUCGGCUGCCAAGGAAUCGGCGUCGGCCGCCGCCUCGGCUGCCAAGGAAUCGGCGUCGGCCGCCGCCUCGGCUGCCAAGGAAUCGGCGUCGGCCGCCGCCGCAUCGGCCGCCGAUGCCGCCGAGAACGCCGGCGAGGCGCUGCAAGACGCUGCCGCGUCGUCGCUGGCCACCGCAUCGGACGUCGUUGCCUCGGCUGACUCGUCAACCGUGCUGUACGUGGCCGCCGGCGGUGUCGCCGUGGUGGCCAUCAUUGCCGGUGCGCUCCUUCUCUGGCGCCGUUAGGUCCCCCAUCCGUAACACACACUGCG